AUGGCGCAGCUGCGCGUCUGGCUUGCCGCCGGGGCGUUGGCGGCGGCGUCGGCGGUACAAGUGAAACGCGCGCCGUAUGACUCGCGCUCGGGGCUGCAAGUAGUUAGCAACGCGACGACGACCACAGUCUUGGGCUCCUCCGGUGGACCUGUGUGGACGUCAAGCAGCGGCGGGAGAUAUCAAGCUUGUGUGGGCCGGCCCUUUUGCCUCGACGGCGCGUCAGAGUUCCGUGCCAUACCGUACCUGGAGCAUACGUGCGUUGAGCGAGUGGCGUCUGGGGGCUACAUGAGUGCGGCGCUGAGUGCAGAGGGUGAGCUGUUUGUGUGGGGUCAGGCGUGUCCGGGUUCAACGGGCGACAUGGACGUGCUGAACGGGAAUGCUGAUGGGCAUACGCCGAGUACAGGAAUUGGGACUGAGGAGGAUGCGGAUGAAUUUGUAAAGUGCCUCGAGGUAAGGAUCAAUGGCAAAGAGGCUCGCGUGUAUCAAGUGGCAAUUGGCCAUGGACAUAUCUUGGUAGCAGCAGAGUCUGGAAAUGGUUCAUCGGCCAAGGAAAGGGUAGUGUUUGGCGCCGGAGAUAACAGUAUGGGACAGCUUGGACUAGAAGAGCGGAGGUUUUAUAGUGCGUUCCACGAAGUUCAAAGUUUGCGGGGUAAGCGUGUUGCUCAGUUGUAUGCAGCGGGGUGGUCAAGCUUCGUUGUGACACUGGAAGAGUAA